ACAUGCUGUACCUUUCCGAAUCCAUGGUGCAAAAACGAUGUUUCACACGCAAAACCACCUGUAAACAAUUAUAACUUAACAAUUUCAACCAUGACCGAGAUCGCCAACCGCUCAAAGCUCGCCAUCUUGAACGAGUUUACGCGGGGCAUUAUGGGAUGCGCGAUGAAGAUGUAAGAUGUCUGCUUCUGUCGCAGCGGCUGAAGUUGCGUUGUUUCUGUGAGCCCCACUUUGUAAGUCGAUAUUGAAGAGGAGUCUCGAGGCAUAUCCACUUUCUACUGAUAACGCGAGGCAGGAAGAACUUCCCCAACUGUGGAAUGGACGUGUAAAAGCUCGUCGUGCGACUCAGCGAAGCGCACAGCAGGCGCAGGUGACAGCACUUGAAACGCACCCGGUGAAAAAGACAACCACAAUGAGUCAGCAUAUGACCCAAGCUCCGAAAACCAGAUCUGCAGAGAAGACUGACGAACCCAGCCAAGCAGAAUGGUUAGAACGGCUCGAAAACGUUCACAUCCAAAGAGCAGACCUCAACAGACUUAUCAUGAACUACUUAGUCACGGAAGGGUUUAAAGAAGCAGCAGAAAAGUUCCGUCUCGAAUCCGGCGCGCCUUGUUCCGUUGAUCUGGAUUCGCUGGACGAGCGGAUCAGAAUCCGCGAUCACAUACAGCAGGGUCGCAUGCUGGAAGCUAUUGCUCUCCUGAACAACCUCAGGCCGGAGCUGCUGGAUAACGACAGGUACUUGCUGUUCCACCUGCAACAACAGCACCUGAUAGAACUCAUCCGGGACCAGAAGAUCGAAGAAGUGCUUGCAUACGCGCAGGAACACUUAAGCGAACGUGGAGAAGAAAACCCGGACGUUCUCUGCGAGCUGGAGAGGACCCUCGCCCUCCUCGCCUUCGAUGAGCCCCAGUCGAGCCCCUUCGGCGACCUGCUCCACCCGUCUCACCGGCAGAAGGUGGCCAGCGAAGUCAACGCGGCGCUGCUCGACGACGAGCAGCGACCGCAGCUCACGGUUCUCCUCUGUCUCUUACUCUGGGCACAGGAGCAGUUGGACAGCCGCAAAGUCAGAUACCCCAAGGUCACUGACCUUGCCGAGCCUUUUAAGUGAGCUGAUGGAGUGUGUAUUGAUGAUGAUGAUGAAUAAAGGUGUUUAUUGUGUUUUGCUCA